CUUGAAAACUAUGCUAAAACUGAGGAAGCAAAGGUGGAGGAGCUUAUCAAAUCUGUGGCUGAUUCAGGUGCCAAGGUCAUUGUCAGUGGAGCAGCAGUUGGUGAUAUGGCAUUGCAUUUUUGUGAACGUUACAAGCUAAUGGUUCUGAAAGUCAGCUCAAAGUUUGAGCUUCGGAGAUUGUGCCGUACUACUGGGGCUGUAGCACUUUUGAAGCUUAGCCGGCCAAAUGCGGGCGAAUUAGGAUAUGCAGACUCUGUUUCGGUGGAAGAAAUAGGCGGUGCUCGAGUGACUGUUGUCCAAAAUGAAGGAGGUGGAAAUUCAGUGGCUAGUGUUGUCUUGCGAGGCAGUACUGAUUGUAUAUUAGAUGAUCUUGAAAGAGCUGUUGAUGAUGGCGUAAACACGUACAAGUGUAUGUGCAGGGACAGUCGGAUUAUUCCUGGAGCUGCUGCUACAGAAGUAGAACUAGCAAAGAAAUUGAAGCAGUUUUCUCUGAAGGAAACAGGGUUGGAUCAGCAUGCCAUUGCAAAAUUUGGUGAAAGUUUUGAAAUGGUUCCAAGAACACUUUCUGAAAAUGCUGGACUUGGUGCAAUGGAGAUAAUAUCUUCCCUCUAUGCUGAGCAUGCUGCUGGCAAUGUGAAAGUUGGCAUUGACUUGAAGGAAGGUGCUUGCAAGGAUGCGUCAAUUAUGAAAAUAUGGGACCUCUACAUUACAAAGUCCUUCGCUCUAAAAUACUCAGCAGAUGUUGUAUGUACUGUACUACGGGUUGACCAGAUCAUCAUGGCUAAGCCAGUAGGAGGUCCACGGCCCCCCAAACAAGGCGGUAUGGACACUACUAGGAAAAGGGCUAUAGAUAAUAUUGACAUUAACAUGUGA